CUGAAUGCUCCGUGCAUCCCUUUCCUCCUCUGCAGCGUGCCCUGAAUGCUCCGUGCAUAACUUCAACACUCUCCGACACACUCUCACACUGUCACAGUGCGCUCUGGACUCUACAUUGAACAAAUUACCGGACCGGUAUCGUUAAUCAUGGAUUUGAAACUCUUGGCGGUUAUGGCUGUGCUCGCUGUGGCGACAUACGCUCCUUUCUCACAAGCUAAGCCCAUCAGUCUGGUGGAGAGGUGUUGGUGUCGUUCUACAGUUAACACCGUCCCCCAGCGCAACAUCCGAGAACUGAAGUUCCUACACACACCCAACUGCCCCUUCCAAGUGAUUGCCAAGCUGAAGAACCACAAGGAGGUUUGUAUCAACCCUGAGACCAAGUGGCUGCAGCAGUACCUGAAGAACGCCCUCAACAAGAUGAAGAAAUCCAAGCAGACCAACUAGAUAGCCUGCAGGAAGACCUACCAACAGAUAUGUAACGUGAGACGUGUAGCUUGUAAUAUGUAACAUGUACUCUUCUGGCACGCAUGCUGAUCAGCACUUAUCCUGUCCAUCGUGGAACCAUCCAACCCACGGCUUUUCAAAACCACCACCUCUGUUACCUAUGUUACCAUCACCACCAGCACCCCUUAUAGACUCUACCCCUGUUAGCACGAAGUGCAAUUAUAUCUGUGUGCGUGUAUGUUUUGAUCAAUUAUGUAUAUACCUUUUUUUAUUAUCCUAUUUCAUCAGUAAAGAGCAAUUUUUUUGUUGCUGUUUUGGCCACCGGCUUCUCUGUCAUUUAGGAGUUAGGACUGGGCUUAAAGUAGGUAUGGAUGGGGCUGAGAUGGGGAGCAGAAGGAAAGGGAGAGCUGGUGAGAGAGGGAGGAUUCAUGACAGGAUUCAAGCCUCACAAUCCAACUCUAUCAGCUUGUCUUGGGGAGUGUACAAGGUUCAACAGUUCAUUCUGGGAAAGAUCCAAGAGGCAUGGGAGUGUUCACACGUGCAUGGCAGAGCCACUAGAACAUACUAUGGCUCAAUCCCAAUAACCCCCCUUAGGUGGGGGAGUGGCACUCAAAAACGGAGCAACUAUUGGUAGGGAGAGCUAUAAAAACACUUGGGAAUGGGACAUCGCUACAUCACUUGCGCACAUCAGAAACUGCCAACGGACACCACGCAAUUCAUUGACGAUGAACCUUGUGUUUUUCACAAUGCCUGUACUGGCUGCAGUAAUAACUUUCCUUAUAUUUCUCAUGCAACAAAUAUGUACUUAACAUAUGAGCAACAAAUGAGAACAGCAGAACAACAAUGUGCCCGUAAUGUACCCAUCCUCUGGCUGUGGCUCAAUAUGGAGUAGUACAGAAGCAUGACUUUCAUUCCAAAGAAGUUUAACAGUCACAUUUCCUUCAGAGUCAUUACCAGUGAAGGCACUGUAGCUACAACAAUUCAAAUCACUGUUCUGAACUAAUAUUUAUACCAAAUGUUUUCAGGGUCCAUAAACAGAUCGGCUACAUAGCUACACAUCCAUAGCAUACAGGUCUUUUUACCCUCCACUACACAAUAAGCAAGAAAAUAGUUAGCUACCGCUACGCAGGGGUUGGAACCAAACUUAUUUUCCAAUUGCUUCGUUCUGGACCACCAUUUCUUUUGAUUCGUUCCACUGUUCCGACCAGCAAAAUAAAGUUCUGGACCGGUUCGAACCAAAAUAAAAUACCGGUUUAUAUUGUU